AUGUGUAAUUUGGCGUGUGGUAUUACCACCACGGUAUUAGGAGUGGUGCUAGUGGCGGCCGCUAGCUACCUCAGCUUUGGCUUGGUCCCAGAUCUUAUAAAUAACAUAGUCAAAGGCGAAGUGCAACUUUUGAAUGACACGGAACAACUAGAGAGAUUCCAAGAAGUGCCGUUCCCAGUGCAGACAAACGUGCGGAUAUUUAACAUUACCAAUGAGGCAGAGGUGUUAGCCGGGGGUGUACCUGUCGUCAGAGAAGUGGGGCCUUAUAUGUUUAAAACGAUUCAAAAGAGAGUGAUAGAAGCAAUGGAUGAGGAUACGAUUACGUAUCGUCGCGUGGACAUCAUGGAGUUCGACGCACAAGCCUCAGCCCCAUUUACCCUGGACGACAAUGUCACUGUCGUCAAUGUCGCUUACCAAGGUAUUCUACAAACGGCUGAGAAGAUAUUCCCCGGCCUCAUGGUUGCCUUGAAUCUAGCUAUUCGGGAUAUAUUUGGAAUUAAUAGUGGUCCUAUCAUGACCGUGCGUGUUGGGGACUUGCUGUUAGACGGUCUUCCCAUCUGCAAGGACCCUGGCCUAAUAGGCAUCAUUGCCUGCGCUCAAAUACGGUCUCUUGCAGUCGAUGUGAGAAAUUUGGAAAACAUGGCUGAUGGAUCGAUGCUGUUCAGCAUUCUGAAAUAUAAACAAAAAACACCCAGCGACUUAUACGUAGUGUCGCGAGGUAUCGCUGACGCUAAUGAAUUAGGGAUAAUUUCUACAUACAAUGGCUCAGCUUACCUUCAAAACUGGAUAAACCAGACAGAAUCGGAAGCACCAAGUGUAUGUAACAUGAUCAAUGGCACAGAUUCCGGCAUCUUUCCUCCUUUUGUUAACAGAGAUAAGUCUAUAUUCGCUCUCAAUACGGAUAUUUGUAGAUCAGCUGAGCUCCGCUAUCAAUACGAUACCGUGUACGAGGAAAUCCCCGUUACAAGGUUUUCAGCAAACGAGUGGUUCUUAGACAACGACGACGGUUGCUUCUGCCUUAACGCCACUGAAGGCAUUACGCGCGAGGACGGUUGUUUGCUGCGAGGAGCCAUGGAGUUAUAUAGCUGUGUCGGAAUCGAACUUAUGACUUGUGGAAUAAGGAGUAGGGCUAGUCAAGUUGUGGACUUUGCACUACCACCAAAUCAAAGUACUUUGUGUCCAUCGGCAGAUCUAAAAGUAAAAGCGCUGGAAAUUACGAUU